AUGGCACAUGAAUGGGGAAAUCACAGCUCUGUGCCUUCAUUCAUCUUGGUGGGAUUCUCAGAAUACCCACCCCUCCAAGCACCCCUCUUCUUGGUGUUCCUGACCAUCUACAUUGUGGCUCUCCUGGGGAACUUGGGCAUAAUUCUGGUCAGAAAGAUCAACCCCAAGCUUCAAACACCCAUGUAUUUUUUCCUAAGCCAUCUUUCCUUUAUAGAUAUUUGCUAUUCCAGUACAAGUACCCCCAAACUGUUAGAAAUCUUGGUUAUGGAAAACAAAAUCAUCUCCUUCAGAGGGUGCAUGACACAGUUUUUCUUUGGCUGUGCGUGUGUGAUUACAGAGAUGUUUAUGCUGGCAGUGAUGGCCUAUGAUCGGUUCGUGGCUGUCUGUAACCCCCUGCUCUACACAGUUGCUAUGUCCCCUAAGCUCUGUGCUCUCCUUGUGGCAGGAACAUAUACGUGGGGUGGACUGUCUUCCUCAAUAAUCACAUAUUCUCUUGUGCAGCUGUCCUACUGUGAAUCUAAUAUCAUAAAUCACUUUGGUUGUGAGUACUCUGCUGUCCUCUCAGUGUCCUGUUCAGACUCCUCCUUCAGCCAGAUGGUAUGUUUUGCCAUUUCCACCUUCAAUGAGGCUUGCAGCCUCCUGAUCAUCCUUGCCUCUUAUGCCUUCAUAGUCAUCACUGUUAUCAAGAUGCCCUCCAAGGAUGGACUCCAGAAAGCCCUCUCUACUUGCACCUCCCACUUGACUGUCAUCAGCAUCUUCCAUGGCAUCAUCCUCCUUCUAUACUGUGUGCCCAGCUCCAAGAGUUCCUCCCUACUGGUCAAAGUGGCUACUGUAUUUUAUACAGUCCUGGUCCCCAUGCUGAAUCCACUCAUCUACAGCCUUAGGAACAAGGAUGUGAAGGAGACCAUCAGGAAAUUAAUCGGCUCCAAACUGAGUUCUCAGUCCACAUAA